AUGGCGGCCCCUGAGUCAGCCCCGCGCCGCCCACGCCCCCUCCCACGGCUGCCGCCGCACCAGCUUGUGGCAUUUCGCUCGCCGGAGACGGCGCCGCAAACACGCGCCGGUGCCAGCCGGUGCCGGUGCCGCCGCAGCCCGCGCGGCCACGCGUGUCCCCCACGCGCGGCACCGCCGCGAGGCCCGCGCGUCCCGCACCGCCGCCACCCGCUCUGCCCCGGGCCGGGCGGCGCCGCGGCGGCACCACGGACAGCGCCGGUCCGGCACCGCGAACAGCGCCGCGGUCCCGCGUGGGUGCGGACCGCCGCCCCCCGCGCCCUCCCGGCGGCUCGCGGGGUGCGGGGCUCCCGGUCCCGCCGCGCCCACCCCGGGGACAGCCCCCGCGGGGUCCCGCCGUCCACGGGGGCACCAAAGCCCGGCGCCGGCGGGCGCCCGGCGGCCCUGCUGCUGCUGGCGGCGCUGGUGUGGGUGCCCGGCGGGGCUCCCGCCUGCCCCGCGCUCUGCACCUGCUACGUCUCGCCGCCCACCGUCAGCUGCCAGGCCAACAACUUCUCCUCGGUGCCCGCGGGGCUCCCGCCCGGCGCCCGCCGCCUCUUCCUGCAGAACAACGUCAUCGGGGCGCUGCGGGCGGGCACCUUCGGGCCCAGCACCGUCACCCUCUGGCUCUACUCCAACAACAUCUCCUCCAUCCAGCCGGGCACCUUCCGCCACCUGCCCGCCCUGGAGGAGCUCGACCUGGGUGACAACCCGCACCUCCGCGUCCUGGCCCCCGACACCUUCCACGGCCUCCACCGCCUCCAGGCCCUGCACCUGUACCGGUGCCGGCUGGCCAACCUGCCCAGCGGCAUCUUCCGCGGCCUCCGCAGCCUCCAGUACCUCUACCUGCAGGAGAACGGGCUGCUCUACCUCCAGGACGAUCUGUUUGCCGACCUGGCCAACCUGAGCCACCUCUUCCUGCACGGCAACCGGCUGCGGGCGCUGUCGGAGGGCGUCUUCCGGGGGCUCUCGAGCCUGGACCGCCUGCUGCUGCACGCCAACCGGCUGGCAGCCAUCCACCGCCGCGCCUUCGGGGGGCUGGCGCGCCUCACCAUCCUCUACCUGUUCAACAACAGCCUGGUGGCCCUGCCCGGGGACCCGCUGGCUGCGCUGCCCUCGCUGCAGUUCCUGCGCCUCAAUGCCAACCCCUGGGCCUGCGACUGCCGUGCGCGCCCGCUCUGGGCCUGGUUCCGCGCCGCAGCGUCUCCAGCUUCGCCGGUGCCGUCGCGCCAGCCCCCGCACCGCCGCGGCACCGACCUGCGCCACCUGCGCCCCACGACCGGCGCCUGCCCGGGCGACGACGGCGACGACGACGAGAUGGAAGAUGGCAACGGCAGCAACGGAGUGGCGGUGAUGGGCACCCCGGGGCGCGCUGGGUCGCCCGGCACCCUCCCGGCCGCGCCGCCCUCCGCCUUCUACCGCGACGGGCUGCCCCCACGACCUGCGGGGACCCCAGCCCCGGCCGCCCCCGUCCGUGACUCCCGCGGGCCCCCCGAGGACGCCAGCUGCCCCCACGACCCCUGCGCCCCCAUGGCCGCCGCCGCGCCCCGACGGCCCCCCGCCCUCCUGCCCCUCCUGGCUCUGAUCCUGCCCCGACUCUGA